AUAUUCACAGUUCAAUAGUUCACACAGUAUAUUCCCUGUACAAUGGAAUGCGUGAGAAUCCAGAGCACCUUGUCUCAUAGGAAGAAUUGGAAAUAUGAUGUGUUUGUGAGUUUCAGAGGCGAGACUCGCUUCAACUUCACCGAUCAUCUUUUUGCUGCUCUCCACAGACACGGCGUACUUGCCUUCAAGGAUGAUACAAAAAUCGAGAAAGGAGGACCUAUAUCAGCAGGGCUUGUGCAAGCUAUUGAAGGAUCACAGGUUCUGAUUGUGGUCUUCUCUAUCAACUAUGCUUCCUCUACAUGGUGCUUGCAAGAACUCGCAAACAUAGCUGAUUGCAUUCAAAUCCCAGGACACACUGUUCUGCCAGUUUUCUAUGAUGUGAGUCCAACUGAGGUGAGAAGGCAAAGUGGGAAAUUUGAAAAAGCAUUUAUGAAACAUGAAGAGAGAUUCAAAGAUGAUGCAGAGAUGAUGGAGCAAGUGGCAAGAUGGAGGGGAGCUCUAACACAAGUAGCCAAUCUCUCUGGCUGGGAUGUGAAGAAGGAUAAGUCACAAUCUGCUGAGAUUGAAAAAAUUGUCAAAGCGGUAACAAACAUAUUGAGUCCCAAACCAUCAUCAAGUCUAUCUAAUGAUGUAGUUGGGGUGUACUCCCAUUUAGAAGAACUAGAAAAGCUUCUAGUUUUGGACUCGCAUGAUGAUGUUCGAGUUUUAGGCAUUUGUGGAAUGGGUGGCAUAGGAAAGUCAACUCUUACCACCAUUUUAUAUGAAAAGAUCUCUCAUCAAUACGACAUUUCAUGCUUUAUGGAUGAUGUAAGCAAAACUUAUGCAGAUUGUGGUCCACUUGGUGUGAAAAAGCAACUUCUUUGUCAAGCUUUCGUGGAAGAAGAAUUUCUAAUAUGCAAUCUUUCGGCAGCAACUAAUUUGAUUCAAAAUAAUUUAUGCCAUAGAAAGGUUCUCAUAGUUCUGGAUAAUGUUGAUCAGGGGAUUCAGUUGGAGAAGUUGGCUUUAAAACGGGAAUGGCUAAGUAGAGGGAGCAGAAUAAUCAUAAUUUCUAGAGAUGAACAUAUAUUGAGAGAGCAUGGAGUGGAUGAUGUUUACAAAGUUCAACUCUUAAAUGAUGAGAAUGCUCUCCAAUUGUUUUGUAGAAAAGCUUUCAAAUGUAACCAUGUUAUAGAAGGUUAUGAAAGCCUGACAAAUUCUGCAUUAACAUAUGCUAAUGGACUGCCAUUAGCAAUUAAAGUAUUGGGUUCUUUUUUAUUUGGCCGAAGUAUAUCCGAGUGGAGGAGUGCUUUGGUUAGAUUGAGAGAAAACCCAACAAAAGAUAUUAUGGAUGUGUUACGAAUAAGUUAUGAUGGACUUGAGGAUAUGGAAAAGGAAAUGUUUCUUGAUAUUGCAUGUUUUUUUUCUAACGAGAAUGAAUAUUAUGUAAAGAACAUUUUAUGUAUUCGAGGGUUUCAUCCUGAUAUUGGUAUAAGAAUUCUCAUUGAUAAAUCACUUAUAACUUGUGACUGGUCGGCCAUAGUUAUGCAUGAUUUGUUGAGAGAGUUGGGUAGAAGUAUUGUUCGAGAAAAAUCACCCAAAGAGCCAAGAAAGUGGAGCAGGUUAUGGAAUCAAAAGGAUCUAAGCAAUGUCUUGCGGGAAAACAAGAUAGCAGAAAAUCUUGAAGCCAUAGUUCUACCAAGAUUUCUUGAAAUUAGGGAAGAGUUGUCAGUUGAAGCUUUAUCACAAAUGAGCUGCCUUAAAUUACUCAUACUCACAGAAGUGAAUUUUUGGGGAUGCCUUAAUUUUCUUUCUAAUGAGUUGGGAUAUCCUUUCACAUGUUUGCCAUCAAGCUUUCAGCCAAAUAAACUCGUUAAAUUAAUCCUGCAUCACAGCAACAUCAAAGAACUCUGGGAGGGAAUAAAGGAUCUACAUAAUUUGACACAUUUGGAACUAUGUUAUUCCAAAAGCCUUGUAAACAUACCAAAUUUAUCUCAGGCCCCAAAUCUUUCGCGACUAGAUCUUAAAGGAUGUGUUAAACUUGUUCGCCUUCAUCCAUCCAUUGGCUGUUUAAAAAACCUGGGUUACUUGAAUCUGGAAAACUGCAGAAGUCUUGUUAGUAUUCCCAACAACAUAUUUGAUCUUAAUUCUCUUUAUGAUUUAAAUCUAUCUGGCUGUUGGAAAUUACUUAAAGAUCAGUUGUUAGAGCAACCAAGGCAAAGCAAGCAGUUGAAUACAGGUCAAAGUGUACAAAGGCACAUGACAUCCUCCAUAUGCAAAACUCUUACAAGGCCUCUCCAUUUUUUGUCUUCUAGAAGGUGCUCCAAUUCAAUUGGUUUGUUGGUGCCUUCUCUGUCUCGUUUCCCAGCUUUGGUAUCUCUUGACAUAAGUUUCUGUAAUCUAGUUGAAAUUCCUGAUGCAAUUGGACAGUUAUGUUGUUUAGAACGUUUAAACAUAGGGGGGAACAAUUUUGUUACACUACCUCAUUGCAUCAAGGAACUUCCCAAGCUAAGGGAGUUGAACUUGCAGUACUGUAAGCAACUAAAGUGGUUGCCAAGUACCCUUUUGCCCAUAGGAGGAGGUAGCCAUGGAAGACUUUACUAUGGAGGAAUAUUUGUGUUCAACUGCCCUAAUUUGAGUGACACAGAAAGUUGUGGUGUCACAGUUAUUUCAUGGAUGAUAAAAAUGAUUCAGGUGAACAUGCAAUGCUCUUUCCCCAGAUGUUCAAUUAAAGUUAUUAUUCCAGGAACUGAAAUUCCAAGGUGGUUCAACAAACAGAAUACAGGUAAUUAAUUCAAUGAAGGUGGAUCCAUCUCCCAUUGUGGAUGACAAUAAUUGGAUUGGCAUUGCUUCUUGUGUGGCAUUUGUUGUACAUGGUGCUCCAACUGAAUAUCCUCCUAUUCUAUUUGGUUGUGGUUUUCGUCGUAAUCCAGAUAAGGCCGUUUGUUCCAUUGCUCCAAUACGUCUUAAGAAAGAUUGGAUCACAACUGAAUUAGAUAAUAUGUUGUUAAUGUUUUUAUCCAGGGAUGUUUUCAUUAAUAAUUAUGUAAGUGUUUUAAAAGAAGGAGCAUCUGAUCUUGAUGGUAUUGAAUUGGUUGCAUUGACUCGUUAUCUAGAAGAAGUAGUAGAAGUGAAGAGUUGUGGGUACGGUUGGGUAUUUAAGGAAGAUUUGGAACAUUUAAACCUAAAGAGGAUGUAUAGCGCCAACUCUUCAGCUCACAAUCAGAAGCACAAGUUUUUGAAAAUUCAAGAUGACCAAUAGCUGGCAAUAUUUAUUCAUGAAAUGAAUUAAAAUGUUGUAUUGGCAAAGGUGGAAAGUGUUUAUUUGUUUCCUUGCUUAUUGUAAAUGAAAAGUAUUAUUUUAGCACAA